GGGAUGGAGCCCGCACCCAGCAGGUGCCCUGACCGGGGACCGAGCCGUGACCUCCUGGUCAUAGGUCGGCGCUCGGCCACUGAGCCGCGGGCAGCACCUGUGUUCUCACUGCCUGACAAAACUUUUGGUCUAAAGAACAAGAAAGGAGCAAAGCAGCAGAAGUUUAUCAAGGCUGUCACUCAUCAAGUUAAGUUUGGUCAGCAGAAUCCACGCCAGGUAGCACAGAGUGAAGCUGAAAAGAAAUUAAAGAAAGAUGACAAGAAGAAAGAAUUGCAAGAGCUAAAUGAACUGUUCAAACCUGUAGUUGCUGCUCAAAAAAUAAGUAAAGGUGCCGACCCCAAGUCUGUGGUGUGCGCCUUCUUCAAGCAAGGGCAGUGCACGAAGGGGGACAAGUGCAAGUUCUCCCACGACCUCACCCUGGAGAGGAAGGGCGAGAAGCGAAGUGUUUACAUUGAUGCAAGAGAUGAAGAACUUGAAAAAGACACGAUGGACAACUGGGACGAGAAGAAGCUGGAAGAAGUGGUGAACAAGAAGCACGGUGAGGCGGAAAAGAAAAAGCCCAAAACGCAAAUAGUGUGCAAGCACUUCCUUGACGCUAUUGAAAACAACAAAUACGGCUGGUUUUGGGUCUGCCCCGGAGGCGGCGAUAUUUGUAUGUAUCGUCAUGCACUUCCUCCUGGAUUUGUAUUGAAAAAAGAUAAGAAGAAAGAAGAGAAAGAAGAUGAAAUUUCAUUAGAAGAUCUCAUUGAAAGAGAGCGCGCCGCCCUCGGUCCAAACGUUACCAAGAUCACCCUAGAGUCUUUCCUCGCCUGGAAGAAGAGGAAGAGACAAGAAAAGAUCGACAAACUGGAGCAAGACAUGGAGCGAAGGAAAGCAGACUUCAAGGCGGGGAAGGCGUUGGUGAUCAGUGGCCGUGAGGUAUUUGAAUUCCGUCCUGAACUGGUUGACGAUGACGAUGAGGAAGCAGACGAUACGCGCUACACGCAGGGAGCAGGCGGUGAUGAGGUUGAUGACUCGGUGAGCAUAAACGACAUAGAUGUGAGCCUGUACAUCCCAAGAGACGUGGACGAGACGGGCAUCACGGUGGCCAGUCGUGAGCGGUUCAGCGCGUACGCUGCAGAGAGAGACGAAAACAAGCUGAGCGAAGCCUCGGGGGGCAGGGCUGAGAACGGCGAGAGGAGCGACCUGGAGGAGGACCACGGCGGGGAGGGCCCGGAGGACGGGGUCGGCGCGGCGGUGCCCGUGGACGAGAACCUCUUCACCGGGGAGGACCUGGAGGAGCUGGAGGAGGAGCUGAACACGCUGGACCUGGAGGAGUGACCCCGCCCGUGGGUCCGUCAGCUGCCCCCCAGCAUGAAGUGAAGGGACUGCACUCAUUCCUUCCACCUAGAACUCGUCCGCAGGACGGCAGUCCCAUGCUGCCUCCGAAGGACUCCUCUCCCUCGUGGUUCCUCCGCUCCAUCUCCCUCUCCCAGGAAGUGCAGGUAGUGAGUGCAGUACCUCCUGGCAGAGCAUCGUCGUAACUGUCCACUCGGGGCCGGUGUCCUGCUCCCCAGCGUCUGGUGUCAUUGGCAUGUGUCCCUUCGAGGACAUCGUGUACAGUUCAGGACCCUUUAUUUAAUGCCGUCUCGCGGGUGGUGUUGUUUCUUCUGUAUUUAUGUUAAAAGACUGCCUGGAACGGGAGCGCUGUGCUUCCUGAGGCACCGGCAGUACAGGUUCCCUGUUGUAUGUUCUGGAGAAGUAGGUGGACCUUUACAGUGAAUCUUCUUUAAUUGACAGACCAGCUGCAGUGCCCUGUGGUGAACUGUUUUAAUCGUAUCCUCUUCUUUUUUGCCAAUAAAGUUGUAAAUAAAGACCAUCAGACAUUACAAUCCAAA